AGUGGGUCGUUGGUCCUCGGGCCCCAGCAGCCGCAGCGGCCGCCCCGCCCCGGGGGCGGAGCCGGGCCUUGGGGCCUGCAGUGUUUACAUCCGCCCCGGGACUGGGACGAGGAAGGGCCGGGAAAAGGGAAGGGCCGCCGCCGCCUUCGCCGCCGCCAGAGUCUCCCCGAACCCCCGCCGAGCCCGAACCCACCGGGUCAUGAGCGCUCCGGGCCAUGGACACCAGCGAUCUCUUUAUCAGCUGCAAGAAAGGAGACGUAUGCCGAGUCCGGUACCUUCUGGAGCAGAGAGAUGUGGAGAUCAAUGUCCGGGACAAAUGGGACAGUACCCCUCUAUAUUAUGCCUGCUUGUGUGGACAUGAGGAGCUAGUACGUUAUCUCCUGGCCAAUGGUGCCAGGUGUGAAGCUAACACUUUUGACGGGGAGCGCUGCCUGUAUGGGGCGCUGAGCGAUACCAUCCGUCGCGAGCUGAAGGAUUACAAGCAGAUCACCUCCACUCGAAUGCAGAGGGAUUAUUAUGAUGACUUCCUGCAGCGGCUCCUGGAGCAAGGCUACCAGAGUGACAUCGUGUUCAUCGUCCAUGGGAAAUCCUUCUGUGCCCACCGAUGCAUCCUCAGUGCCCGAAGCAGCUACUUUGCCAACAUGUUUGAUACCAAGUGGAAGGGGAAAAGUGUGAUUGCUCUCAAACACCCACUGAUCAAUCCCAUGGCCUUCGGCUCCCUUCUGCAGUAUCUCUACACAGGUCGCCUGGACAUUGAUGUGGAGCACGUGAGUGACUGUAAGAGGCUGGCCAAGCAGUGUCAGCUGCAGGAGCUCAUCACCGGCCUGGAGACCAAGUGCAAAAAGGCCUACGAGUUUGUGGCCUCGAAGCCGGGGACCUGUGUGAAGGUGCUGACCAUCGAGCCCCCCCCUGCCGACUGCCGGCUCCGGGAAGACCUGGCGCUGCUGGCAGACUGUGCCUUGCCUCCAGAGCUCCGGGUGGGCUUCGGAGAGUUACCUUUUGACAGCACCGACAAUUUUAGCAGCUGCCCUGACGUCUGCUUUCGUGUGGGAGAUUACAACUUCUUAUGCCACAAGGCCUUCUUCUGUGGCCGCAGUGACUACUUUCGGGCCUUGCUGGAUGACCAUUUCAGCGAGAGUGAAGAGCUGGCAGCUUCUCCCGGCCUCCCUGCGGUCACCCUGCAUGGCAUCUCCCCUGACAUCUUCACCCGCGUGCUGUACUACGUGUACAGUGAUGACACAGAGCUGUCCCCCGACAUCGCCUACGAUGUGCUGUGUGUGGCCGAUAUGUACCUGCUGCCCGGCCUGAAGCGGCUGUGCGGCCGGAGCCUGGCUCAGGUGCUGGAGGAGGACAGCGUGGUCGGGGUCUGGAAGGUGGCUAAGCUGUUCCAGCUGACCCGGCUGGAGGACCAGUGCACGGAGUUCAUGGCCAAGGUCAUCGAGAAGCUGGUGGAACGGGAGGAGUUUGUGGCGGCCGUGAAGGAGGAGGCGGCGGCCGUGGCGGAGCGGCAGGAGACGGACUCCAUCCCCCUGGUGGACGACAUCCGUUUCCACAUCACAAGCAACGUGCAGACCUACAGCGCCAUCGAGGAGGCCAGCCAGAGGCUGCAGGUCCUGGAGGAGCUCUUGGCCAACAUCGGCCUGGACUGUUGACUUGCAGAUGCUGCUGCCCGGGGGUCCCGACGUCCCCUUCCUCUUUCUGCCCAGGGCUUGGUCUGGCUUCCCCUUGGCUGCCGAGAAGCAUCAGCCCGGAGGCGGGCGCCCGGCCGGACUUGACGCUGUGGUGUCUGGACAGCUUUGUCUCAGCACGCCCCUCCCCUGAAUCUGGGAGUGUGAGGAGGGGAAGCACUGAUUAUAUCCUUGGGGUUGAAAACCUCAUUCGCUAUAGGUCUUGAAUCUUUGUUUCUAGAAGCUAAGAAUGUAUUUUUCUGCUGGGCAAAGGAGAGAAGCGUCGACGAGGCUGACUUCUCUUCUGACCACCCCUGUGUGGCCAAAGCCCUCCCUCCACCCCGGCUGUGGGGCAGAAGUGCUUUCCCCUGCUUUGGGCCGUGGGCUCUGCGGCUCGUGCUUACCCAGCCUGCCUUACUCCGUCCAGGUUCUGAGCUUUCCCCCCCGGCCCUUUCACUGUGGGUGAAGGAGGCUUAGGGGCCAGGGUUGCCCCCAUCCUGCCUCUGGGGUCGGGGCAGGACCUGUCUGCUGCGAUCAUCUUCCUCUGCUUCGAAGGACCGGAGAGUCCUGGUCCCAGAGGGUGGCGUGCAUCAGGGAGCGUCCCUUCCCUCGGCGUGUGGCCCCUUGGCCAUGGGCCGAGAGCCAUUCCGGGGUCUCUAGCUCAGGCUCAGGUGGGCGGGAGAGAGGCAGGUGGCCCUGCUGGGCCCCCCUCAGGACACCCGAGGCUUACAGUUUGGGGCCCAGCUGAGUCCUUCUGGUCCCUGGGGCCCUGGGAUGGGUGCUUUCCUUUUGUUUUCUCAAAGCACAAACAGGUUUCUCCCAGACUUUCCUGGUGGGGAUGUAGGAGAGUGAGUUUUGGUUGGGAUGAAAAUCCUGGGAACACUGGGAUGUAGGGAAAACGGGGUUCCCCCAAGGACUCCAAGGCCAGGUAAAGCCUGGGGAUUAUGCUAACCCCAGAGAAAACUGAUCUGGGCUUGUGAGGAGACUUGUUCCCCCUCCCUUCCCUCUCCCACCAUUCCCCCCGCCCCGCACUAUUUACUGGAGGUCUCCCCAGGUACCCUUGCUCAGACAGGACCGGAGAGGGGCUGGGGCUGCCCAGCACCUUUCUCUCAGAAAAAAAAAAAAAAGUCCAAACUGCAGGUUUUCAGAGCUAAGAUCUAUUCUAAUAUAUACUAUUUAAAAAUAAAACAGAAGAGCAUGUGUGCGGCAAUAAAAAUAUAUUUCCCUAUGA